AAAUCUAAUUUAUGACAUCUGAAUACAUGAUCAAGCAUCAAGUGUAAAAACUGCAAUCGCAUUCCUCCUAGGAUUACUCGCCUUUUCAAACUUCGUGAUUUUAAGGGCAAAUAUGAGUGCAUCUUCGAUCAUAAGGAAGAUAUCCUUCCUGCAAAAGGCUCAUCCUCAAGACCAAGAAAGGGAAGGAGCUCAAAGCCUAUCAGAUUUUUCGAAGACUAGUGUCCCGAUUCGAAAGCAGUCACAAAAUACCAACCCCCGAAAGAUCUCAACGGGUUAUCAAGUUUCACAUCAACGUGUCGCUUCGAGGAAAUGGUCAUUACCUGAAUCCCAGGUCCGAAAAAACUCCAGCAUCAGUGCACUGAAAAAGAUCGAGGCCAAACAAGAGGCUAAUCAAGGAUGUGGACUUUGCUUUAAAGCGCACAAGAACCCUAAAAGACUCCCCUGCGGUUAUGUGGCCUGUGCUUCAUGCCUUCAGGAUUAUGUGAAUCCCAAAUCUUUGCUGAGCUGCCCGGCCUGUCACGAGGAAACUUUUGUUGUAAAGGGAGACACCUCUUCGUUGCCGAAUGCCGAGAAGACCAAUCAGCGCUUGGACGAAGCGAUCAACAAGGAGGAAAUGAGCAAGCGGAUGAGCGAGAUUAAAACCCUCGAAGCUAGUUUAGAGGCAAUUGAGGCCAAUUUUCGGGGUGCCUUACAAAAGCUGGACGAGCUCUCAGUUGCAGAGGUUGCUAAGCAAAAGCGCUUCAUUGGGCAACAAGGAGAGCGAUUUCGUGCAGAAUUGAAACAACGGAUUGAGAAAGAAGAGUCUGAAGGGAAAAAAAUGAAGGACAAAUUCCAAGAAUUGUACAAGCUGGAAGAAGAGGCUGGAAAAUGCGAGGACACAUCAAAUUUGACCUUGAAGUAUCAAGGCUUGGUUGAUGGCCAAGAUGAGUUGAAGGAAAAAAUUUUGAAGAGAAAAAAUACCACCUUCACCCUCAACGACGACUUUACCAUCACCGAAACCGUCAAAAAUGAGGACGUUUCGGGCAUCCUUGUGGAUACCCAUAGCAAACCAGCGCUUCCAAGGCUGAAGAAAAUGCACCGCUUUCAUGUAAAGAGGCCCACUGGAGCAGGAAUAUGCCCAUGGAAUGAAAACAUCUACAUCUGCCUUCCGGAAAAGCACGUUAUUGAAGUUUACAAACCAAAUGGUGCCCACCUGAAAACUAUCGAGAGCGCACCAGGCCUGAAUUUCAUGUAUCCCAUAAAAGUGGCCUUCGAUUCGAAGAAUAAGCAAAUCUUUGUCUUAGAUAAAUGGGAUUGCAACGUGAAAAUUUUGCAACAUUUGGAUGACGAUAAGCAUUCCCUUAAGGACAUUAUACUGGCCAAAGGAGAUGGCGCCGGAUUCUUGCAAGAGCCAUGUGGGCUUGCCCUUGACAAGGAGGGUAACAUCUAUAUUGCCGAUAGUGGCAACAACCGAGUUCAAAAGGUCAACGCUAAAGGCCAACCUCUGAUCAUGUUCGGUGGGGCUUUGGAGAAGGAUGUGUUUGACAAGGAUGUUUGGGUUCCAUCUUUGAACCAUCCUGAAGACAUCAAUAUCAAUUUCGCCAGCACCAUUGUUGUUGUGGCGGACACGGGAAAUCACCGCGUCAAACUUUUUGAUUUGAAUGGUGAAAUUUUACACGAUAUUGGAAUGAAAGGAAGUGGCCAUGGCAUGUUUGAGUUUCCCACUUGUGCAGUGUUCCAUCCAUUGUCAAAUGUGAUUUUAGUGGGUGAUUCGGAAAAUCACAGGAUUCAGGCAUUCAACGAGGCCGGAAAAUACCUGAAGAGUUACAACGGGCACAAACAAAUUUCCAAUAUUGCCACCUCCAACAUUGCCGCUUCCAAUGUUCACCAAAAUAUUACAUUAAUAUCUUGCAGCUUUGACAAUUUUGUCAUUGUUGCCAAGUAAUAUUGUAUUAUUCACUCUCCAGCCAUCUGCGAAUUUCUCUCUAUUCAAAAAAUGUUUCUCCCUUAUGAA